AUGUCCGCUGUUCAACCGGUUGCUGUUUAUACCCUCCGGGUUCCUGCCGGCUCCAUGGUGCAGGCCGUGCCUAACGCCGCGGCUUCGUUCCGUGUCAGCAUGGCUGCCAUUGACCCCGAUGAGGAGCCCGAGUUUGACGACGGCGAUUCUAGCAAGUCUGGCCGCGCCACAUUGAAGAUUGUGCGCCCUCCUCCCGGGUUUGGUGAGGACUCCGACGACGAGGACUACAGCGAUGAGGACUACGACGACGAGGAAGAGGACUCUGAUGACGAGGAAGUCAACGGUGGACCUAGCGACAAGGAGAAGGCCCGCAAGUUGAAGCAAGCGGCCGCUCAGAAGGAGCUUGAGGACGCUAUGGAGGAGGAUGAUGAGGAUGAUGAAGAGAACGAUGGCGGCUUCGACCUCAAGGCUGCUAUCUCCAAGCUGAUCAAGGGCAAGAGCCCCCUCACCGGUGACGACGAUGAUGAGGAUGAUGCAUCCAGCGAUGGUGCUCUGGAGUUCGAUGAGUCUGUUAUCUGUACUCUCUUUGCCGAUAAGAACUGCCAGCAACCUCUUGACAUUGUUGUCUGUGAAGGUGAGGUUGUCUUCUUCAAGAACACUGGUAACCAGACUGUCUUCUUGACUGGUAACUACGUUGUCGGUCUUGAUGAGCUUCAAGAUCAUGAUCACGAUCAUGACCAUGACGAAGACGACGAGGACGACUAUGAUCUCUCCCCCGAUGAGGAGGAGCUUGACAUGGAGGAGUUGCUGGCCAUGGACGACGACGAGAGUGACGACCUUGACGACAUGGAUGACCCCCGCAUCACUGAAGUCGACAGCGAGGAGGAGGAGGCUCCCAAGUUGGUCGAGGCCAAGGCCAAGGGCAAGAAGCGUGCCGCUGAGGAGGAGAGUCUCGACGAGAUGAUGGCCAAGGGUGCCAAGGGUAAGGCCGCCAAGGAGGAGCCUACCUUGACCAAGGCCCAACAGAAGAAGCUGAAGAAGAACAACGGUGACGCUGCCGCCGUUGAGCCCAAGAAGGAGAAGGAGACCAAGGAGGCCAAGGCCGACAAGAAGGUCCAGUUUGCCAAGAACCUCGAGCAGGGUCCCACCCCCAACGGUGACAAGCCCACCGGCACCCUUGGUGUCAAGGAGGUGAAGGGUGUUAAGAUCGACGACAAGAAGCUUGGCAAGGGUGUCGCUGCUAAGAGCGGUAACACUGUCGCCAUGCGCUACAUCGGCAAGCUUGAGGACGGCAAGGUUUUUGACUCCAACAAGAAGGGCAAGCCUUUCACCUUCAAGCUCGGCAAGGGCGAGGUCAUCAAGGGUUGGGACAUCGGUAUCGCCGGCAUGGCGCCCGGUGGUGAGCGUCGCAUCACCAUCCCUCCCCACCUUGCUUACGGCAAGAAGGCCCUGCCCGGCAUUCCUGCCAACUCCAAGCUGAUCUUCGAUGUCAAGCUCCUUGAAAUCAAGUAA